AUGGUUAGAUGUAAAUUUAAGAACGCUAUUAGUCAUGCGAAACAUUCACUUAACCCAGAUAGAGAAAAACAGCCCAAGGGAAGUACAAUGCGAACUAAGGCUACUAUCAAGCGACUUAAUAUGUACCGUAAUUUCAAGGCCAAAAGGAACAAAAAUGGGAAAAUAGUUCGCCCUGCACCUUUUCAAUCAACUCUACCCUCCGGUACAGUUGCACGGGUCGAGCCUAAUAGACGAUGGUUUGGCAAUACACGUGUUAUAAGUCAAGAUACGUUACAAAGUUUCAAAGAAGCAAUGAAGAUCCGAAAUCCCUACGAAAUUAUUUUACGUCAAACUCGCUUGCCUAUAUCACUUUUGGAUGAGAAGAAGACGAAAACUAAAAGUGCUCUUUUAACAUCACAGAGCUAUUCCUAUGUAUUUGGGGAUAAAGCACAGCGCAAAAGACCUUCGUUGGAGUUUGAUGAUCUGUCGUCAUUUGUACAACAUGCUGAGUCGAAUCAGCAUUUGUAUAACUCGACGGAUGAUAAACAUAUGGUUCGAUGUGAUGAUGGUGUCCGAGAAUUAACACAGGAUCCUCACUUCAAAGCUGGUCGAUCGAAGAGACUAUGGAAUGAGUUAUUUAAGGUUUUAGACUCUUCAGAUGUUGUACUGUAUAUUUUGGAUGCGCGCGAUCCAAUGGGCACUAGAUCUCCUUAUAUUGAGAAGUACUUAAAAACUGAAAAACCACAUAAACAUUUCAUUUUCAUUAUCAACAAAGUGGAUUUAGUCCCUGUGUGGAUAACAAAACGAUGGAAAGCUAUCUUAUCUGAAGAAUAUCCCACACUUAUAUUCCACGCUGAUAUGACUAAGCCUUUGGGUAAAGUGGCUCUCAUGGGACUUUUAAGGCAAAUGGCAUCACUUCAUAGUAAAGAACGACCACAAAUAUCGGUUGGUAUCAUUGGUUAUCCAAAUGUUGGAAAAAGUAGCAUCAUUAAUGCUCUUAGAAAUAAAAAAGUUUGUAAUGUCGCCCCGUUGGCUGGCGAAACAAAAGUAUGGCAGUAUGUUACUCUAAUGAAAUCUAUAUUCUUAAUCGAUUGUCCCGGAGUUGUCUAUCCUGAUGGUAAUACUGAAGCAGAAUUAGUUAUGAAAGGAGUUGUGAGAGUAGAGUACUUACAGCAGCCUGAUCUGUAUAUUCGUGACGUAUUGGAACGUGUUAAACCGGAAUUUCUACAAGCCAAAUAUAAUCUACCACCAUUGUCAUCAGACGAUGUUCAGAAUUAUUUGCAAAAGCAAAUUACGGAUAAUGAAGCAAAUAAUGAAAGCAGUAAGGAUAUUAAUUCAACUUUAUCACAAUCCUCUACUACACCUUUAUUAUGGAAUGACUAUCCAGAAUUAUUUUUAGAAACCUUGGCUCGACAAAGUGGUAAAUUACUAAAGGCUGGUGAGCCGGAUUUAAACACCACUGCUAAGCGUGUACUGAAUGACUUUCAACGUGGUCGACUACCCUACUUUGUCAAACCACCUAUGGAGGCGGAAGAACUUAAACAGAAUGAUGUUGUCGAUGAAUAUCCGGAAGAAAUCAUCAAGGACUUAUCAAUGGACGUACCAGAUAAGGACCAAUCCAUUACUGAUGUGAUUUCUUCUACUGAUACCGGUUUCGCAGAAGAUUUAUCCGAGACAGACUGUAGUGAUGGAGAGUUGGAAUCAAGUAACGUACUCAACUACGAUCUAAACACUAAUAAUGAUGAUAGUGUUAAAGCCAUAACAACUUCAAAGGAAUCAGUCCAGAUCUUAACAUCAAAACAAAAAAGAAGUAUGGACAGAGCUAUACGACGUCAGAAAAAUCGUGCAGGCCGUCAAUUUUACAAAGAAAUCCGUGAUCAGCGACCUGGUAGAAGUCCUGGAGUUUGUGAACAUGAACCUAAGCGAGAUUCCAUGAUUACUAAUUCAGCACUGUUUCUCCUGGCUAUAGUACCUAUUUAUAUAGGUUCUUUCCGUUCAAUAACUAGUAAGAAGUCAACUGAUGAGAUAGAAGUUGUAUCAGGUAAAGAUGCAGCACUGUUUCCAUUUCUCGCCAGUGCUGCACUUUUCGGGAUUUAUGUCGUCUUUAAGUUCAUUCCUAUUCAGUACAUCAACUCCGUUAUGAAGUUAUAUUUCUCUUUUAUGGGUGCUUGUGCAAUAUCCCGGUUCCUGUCACCCAUCUUUCGCCCGUAUAUGCCGGGUUGUGUAAAAAAUAUGCGGUUCAAGUUUGAGUUUUCAAGAAGUUUAGAGAACUCAGAUGGUUCCGAAUCUCAAUGGAACUUAUUGGACAACUAUGAUUUUUCACUUGAGUCGAAGGAUUUCAUAGGCACUGGCAUCGGUAUUUUGCUUGGCACUUGGUACUAUUUUUCGGGACAUUGGAUUGCGAACAAUUUUAUUGCAGUGACAGUUGCUAUUUUGGCCAUCGAAUUCAUAAGGUUAAAUAAGUUCGUAAAUGGCAUAUUACUUCUCUGCGGACUGUUCGUAUAUGAUAUAUUUUGGGUGUUUGGAACUGGUGUCAUGAUGGCUGUCGCAAAAAACCUAGAUAUUCCAAUCAAAGUUACUUUUCCGCGUGAUUUUCUUUCACAUGGAUUAUUCGGCAAACAGUUAGCCUUGCUUGGUCUUGGUGAUAUAGUUGUUCCAGGAAUAUUUAUCGCCAUGCUUCUUAGGUUCGAUACAAAACUUGGACGCAAUAAUAGUCAUGCUUACUUCUACUCCGGAUACGCAGCCUAUAUCGUUGCUAUCAUAAUGACUUUCGUAAUGAUGCACGUAUUCAAACACGCUCAGCCGGCUUUACUUUACCUGGUACCUGCUUGUUUGGGUGCACCAUUGCUUUUGGCUUUAUUGAAAAAUGAUCUUAGUGCAAUGUUCAACUAUGAAGAUGAACCGGAAGCUGAAAAGAAAAUUCAGGAAGCUGAUGUGUCAAACAAAUCUAAGAAAAGUAAAUAACAAUAUCAACCUUUGGGGUGGGGCAAUUGACCGAUUUUAUCAUAUUAAUCUGUCCAUAUAUGACUUAUGUACACAAAUAUAUUUAUUUCUACUGUGUUAAGUAUGUAACCUUUGUGCUGACUGUUUGUGUUGUUUUCUGUAAAAUAAUGUUGUUGGCAAAAAACUCAAACAUAACUUUUUUGUUUGAUAUUUGUUUUAACCUUAUCGCUUUGCUAAUAAAGCUGUUACGCUGUCUGUUUAUUUUGUGACAUCAGUUUUCAAAGUCUAAACAUCAUAAAAAGAGAAACACCAAAAUAUGUGAACAUUAUUGGCAAGCAAUCAAAGUUACUUCUUCAGAUCAUCAUUUUUAUUUUAUGAAUACAUAUUUAAAAUAAUA